AUGGUGGUUCGCGGUGGUUGGUUGGGGCUCACAAUAGCCACUAGUGGGGACGUGUUGGUUGUCGGUGAUGGCUGGAAGUGGUUGUGGCGCGUGAAUCUAGGGCUAAGGAUGAGUGGGAGAGGAGAAGUAAAUGGGAUGGAGAAAGGAACGAGAGUGGUGUUGGAUGGUGGUUCGAAGGUGCACGGUGGUUGGCGUGGUCGUGGAGGACCGGUGAGGUAA